AUGACCACGAGAGGUGUGGAAUGGGAUCGGGUGAUGGUUUGGUUCUCACUAGCAGCGGUGAGACCUUUGCCUCAUGCAAGCCCGGAUACAGUUAGAUGGAAAUUUGACACCAAGAGAUGCUUCUCGGUUUCUUCUGCCUAUAAGAUAAGGAUGCACAUAAACAGCGGUAGUGCGGUGGCUCCAUGGAAUGGACGUUUGUUAUCAAACAAGGAACGUGCGCGUUGCCACCUAACGUCGGACACUAGUUGUUUGCUAGGCGGUGCAGCCAGAGAAGGCGGAUCCCACCUGCUGAGGGAAUGCCCCCUCGUGGAAGGUGUCGUGGAAGGUGCUGAUAAAGCCCGAACGGAAACCACAGCUAUCGAAGGCAUUACUCCACGCAGUAUUAGAAUGAAGGAAAAAAUGAUCCGAGCAUUGCAGAAAAGGGUGGUACGGCAAAGAGUUCAGGAGCGCACUGUUGUGGGAGAAAUAUCGUGGGAAGCCCCUCCUAAUGAUUGGGUUAAACUAAACACCGAUGGAGGGUGGUGGAGUGAUUCGGGGUGGGCCACGUGCGGAGGUGUGCUCCGAAAUUCGGAUGCUGAAUGGAUUUUGGGUUUCUAG